AUGAAUGGCGUUUGUUUUUGUCAUUCGCAUCGAAUUCUCCAUCAAGACUUGAAACCGCAUAACUUGUUGAUUGAUUCUAAUGGGAAUUUAAAAUUAGCUGAUUUUGGAUCAGCAAGAGUAUGUAGUCUUCCAAUAAAAGCUCAUACUCAUGAGGUUGUAACUUUAUGGUACAGAGCACCUGAAAUACUUCUCGGAUGUCAACAAUAUUCAACUGGUGUAGAUAUUUGGAGUGUAGCCUGUAUAUUUGCUGAAAUGUUUUUGAAUGAUGCUUUAUUCAGAGAUUUACCAACAAUUCCAUUAGUGUGUUUCGAUGUGACUCAUGAUCCAAUCGCUAAAAUUGAACGUAGUCUACGUGUAUCUAUUGCAAAUAUUGAUCAAAACGAUGAUCCAAAUCUUGUCAUUCAACAAUUAACCAACAACAUUUCUAAUCUAAAACUGCCAAAGAAAUGGGGAACAAUAGACACUACUACUCUGUAUUAUCGUAUAGGUACUUGGAAAGAUUCUCUACAUCAUGAUUUAAAAAAUGAAAUAUCUUAUAAAUCGUUUUGGGAUGAAUUUUCAAAGAGAAAAUCGGAAGUCCAAUUAAUUGUAUACACUAGACAACCUGCUAUAAAUACACCACUUACUCCAAGAAAAAGCCCGCCAAGAUUACAACAAAUUCCAGGUCUUGAUUAUAAUUCAGUAACUAUUAGAUCACCAAAUAGAACAUACAAACAGAACAUAGCAAUCACUGAUAAAACAACUUUUUCUUCACUUUUAGCCUUUGCAAUUAAGAAACCACCUCCACCAGGUAAACAAUUUGUUCUACAAAGUGCUGACGGAGAAUUAGAAUAUAUGCCCGAGGAUCCGGUUAGGAAAGUAAUCCAUGGUACACUUCAUGCUGAUGUUGUGGUAAAAAUGGAAGAUAUUAACGAACGCUAUGUAGCAAAAUCAUUACAACAUUCUGGUUUUGCUAGAACAUUUAGGAAAUAUCUUGAUAAUCAUGAUAAAAGAAUGAUAGUUGAGCAUGUUCUUUAUGAAAAUGGAAUAGGAUUAUUAGAUGAUAUUGACUCUUACCUCGAGAUUAUUUGA